GGAUUGGUAUCCUUUACUGUUUUCCUCGAUUUUGUUUUUGUCGGCCACCAGUCCAACAUUCAUUUGUUUAUAUUUGUACUCCGAAAUAAACAGAAGAUUGUUUAAUUUCACUUUGGCGAUGGCGAGUUUUGAUGAAAAGUGGAAAGCUGUGGACAACUUUGAGCCUGUUGUGGUAGAUCGUGAAAGAGAUGUUUUUCGAGUGACAGAAGAACUGUAUGAUCUUCAUAAAGGCCGAAAGCAACUCAGGGGUGUAACAAGUAGUUGCGACUAUCGCUUGACGAUACCAUUUGCCCCCCAUCUCUUUGGCUCGGGCAAAACGACCUUUGCCCGAACCUAUUUGGAGUUGGUGCAAAGGUUUGGUGAAACUUUUCUGUCGACGUUUGCUUCGGACCCUUUGAGCAGAACCUUUUUGGAGAAGCUGAAAAGGGCUUCGUUGCUUUAUGUGGAUUUAAGGGAGUUGAAGCCCACAGAACCGAAAGAACGCAACCUAAAGUGGGCAGUAUACUAUUUAUUGUACCGAUCAGCUUGUAAUCAGAUGGGUCUACCGUUUAUGAAGCCUGAUGAAGCCUACAGACACAUUCCUCUCUAUCCAAGCUUUCUAAUUCCAGAGCUACGGAAGACUUUGGGCAUUCCUUCCGAUCAAUAUCUUUUGGUAGCUUUUGAUGAAGUUGGUGUGUUUGAUACAAAAGCAACUUUUUUUGAACUGGAGAAGAAUGACAAAGGUGUGGUUCGACCAUACAACGACUUUUUCGGUAUCAUUAGUCAAUUGUGCAAAGAACCCGACUUGUUUUUUAUAGUCAAUUGUGCAAAGAACCCGACUUGUUUUUUAUAUUCUUCAUUUUCAGUAAAUGAAUUGGCAGAUUCGUUAUUGGAAUGUACAGGUGGAGUUCCUGGUUUGUUGACUCGUGCAGUGAAUAUGCUUUUGAAUUAUAUAAUAGCAAGAAACCAGCCUUUCAUAUCGAAAGAAGAAUGUUUGACUUGUAUGAAUGACUACGAUUUCCGAAGAAUUUGUGCUGAACCAUUUGUGGAACGAAUAUUGAAUUUGGACGAAGAUAGAAAAAGUGUUUUUGAUUUACUUUUGAUGAUGGCUCUUUAUCGUAUACCGUUUCAAGUAGAUGACAUAUUGACCUCGGAGUCUUAUCUAUUUGAUGCAGUCACUGAAAUGGGACUAUAUCGAUAUCCUAUUGACCAGAAUACUUUUCAAGUCCUGAUUCCAAAAGUAUUUGUUGGAAUCUUCAAGAAGCUAUCGUCUAUUUCCCCUAUGGAAAAGAUACUUCUUGGAUCACUUGAUUUAGAACCAGUAGAUUGUUUCUUCUAUUCAAAGUGUCGUGUAUUUGAAGGAAUUGUUGCUUUACGACUAGUUUUGAUGUUGUCUUCAAAGAAUCGAAAUGAGUUGAGGGAAUUGUUUUGUCAAUUGUCUCCGAUAUGGAAACAAAUGAAACUUCCAAUCAGUACAAUAUCACCUAUUCACUAUAUGAAGUCUGUUGUUAGUUCUAUAGAAACAAGAAAUGAAUCGUACAAGAGUCGACGAACUUUUGCCAAUACUGAAUGGAAUAAGAUUAUUCGAGAGACACUUUAUUUAGAGACUAUUUACAUUCCUUUGGACGCUACUUCUCAUAGUCCUGAUAUUAUAUUCAAAUUACAAUCUCCUGUGGAACCCAAAGUUCUUACUGUUGGAGUUGCUUGUAAAGGACGUUGGAGGUCGGAAGGAAUUGGCUGGUCAGAUAUUAUAGAUGAAGCCAAGAAAUUUUUAGAUCCUGUUUAUGAUCAAGUCUUAUCCAGUGCAGUGGAUUCUCAUCAUUGUAUGCUUAUUAUCGUUAGUACAAAGUUAUCCUUGAAUGUUUCUAAUGAGUUGGGUAAUCAGAGUCGUUGUUAUUCCAGUGGAAUGUUUAUUGGAGGUGAUUCGUUCAAAGUACCUGAUAAUUGUGAACUUGUUAUUCUUUGUGAAAGAGAUGUCCAAAUGCUGAUUGACGAAGAAAUAUUGAGUGGACUUGAAAGAGUAUUUUGUGUUUCUCAUAAUCCUCCUUUUUGGGAUUUUGGAUUAGAUUUACUUGAUAGAAUCCGUAACAGUUUCUUAAGUUGGCAAUAGAUUCUAACUCAAUCCUUCCCUUUGUUUUGAAGAGCAAAUAACCUUUUUUUUGUAUGUUUGAAACGUGAUUAUUACAACUU